CAGGGCUGGCGCCAUGGCGGGCAUGCUGUUCGUGGUGUCGGUGCCCAACUCGGCCACCGAGCGCCGCCUUCGGGACGAGCUGCUCCUCGCGGCCAAGGACCGCAUCGACGGCAAGGAGCCCGUCACGCUCGAGAAGGGCCUGGAGGACAUGCUGCAGAAGCUGCGAGUGGAGCACUCCUUGUGGAACCCCGUCAAGGGCGGAACCUUCUUCCAGGUGAUCUUCCCAACCGCUUCCGGAGACCAGUGCGAGAAUUGCCUGCACUGCCUCUCGCAGCUCGGGGUCGGCAAGAAAUUCAGCUCCACCGUCAGUCGCCGCUGAUGGGCGUGACGUUCGGCGUGCUGAUCGCCAACUGGAAGCUGGUGCGCAUCGGCGCUCGCACGGAGGCCGUGGGCAUGCUCAUCUCGCUGCUGUUCGGCUUCGUGUUCGGGCUGCUGGUGGGGGCGGCGUGCAACGACAUGCCCUGGGGCGGGGGCGUGGGCGACUUCCCCACGGGCGAAAUGAAGGGCCGAGGCAACUUCCGGUCGCUGUGGAUCGGCAUCCUGUGGGCGCUGCCGUCGGGCACCGGCGUGGCGCUGGCGCUGCUGCAGGGCAGCGCGGGCCCGCUCAUCGGCGUCGCCAUCUCCGCCUCGCUGCUGCCGCCCAUCGUCAACUGCAUCAAGGAGGUGGCGGCGCCGUACGUGUCGCCGCCGGAGCUGCUGCGCUUCUGGGAGCACGACAUCCAGCGCGAGCGCCAGCACAACCGCUCCACGCUGCGCCUGCGCAGCAGCCGGCGCAGCCGCCGCGGCCCCGGCCAGGGCCCCAGCCCCGCCCACGCUUUUCGGAGAAAAGUCAAUGAUAAAAGAAUGCAGACACAGAAAACUUCGAACAAGUCGAGCACUAAAAGGCAAGUAGCAAUAGUCAAAAGGAAAUAUGUGUUACUGCCUGAAGAAAGAAAGAAAAGGAGAGAGAAAGGGAGAAAAAGAGAGACUUUCCAACCCUCUUUGAAGCUCUCUAGU